ACAGCGCGAAAGGCGAAGGCGAUGGUGUCGGCCGGGCGUGUGCAAUUCCCUGACUCUGAACUAGGCUGGGAACCAACUUGGGCCAGUAGCGGGGACACGAGGGAGUUGGAGGAUGGCUGGAGGUGGCCAAAAAAAGAGGCACCCUCCGUUGUAGGGAAGGACUUGGGAAGCGCAGGGGUCUGGUUCCCAACGCGAACCGGGAUGACGUCCCCACGGCGGUGUCCCCAAAGUUUGGAAAUGAAGAAAGUGCGUUUUUCUUUAGCCCCCCAAGAAGCGGGGAACAGAGCCGCCAGGGAACCGGCAGCUAAGGCUUAUUCGGCAGCCCGCAAGGUUCAGCGGAUCCAGGCUGUACCUGCCAGGGCUGCGGUGGGGUGCGACCCGCGGAGUUGCUGGGCACCGCCAAAACCCAAGGAGCAUAGAACGGAGAAACUGGGAAAACCGUCCACGGGGAGACGCCGUUUCUGCGUGGCGCAGGACCCCGGCUCUAGCGCUCUCUUUUUGGAAGGGAGCCAGUGUGAACAAUACAAGGGCCUUGGAGAUGAACCCUUGGAUUUCCAGAGCAAGUUUGCCAAGGACUCUGAGAGUUCCACUGAACACUAUCUCAGUUUACUAAAUGAAAUGUUCGAGACACAGUGGCUAACAAAGUCAAAGAACAGGUUUAAACAAAAGGCAAUGAGGGAGCUGAGGGAGCUGAACAACCAAGUAAAACAAACUAAAAUGAGGCAAGAAUCACUAAUGCAGGAAACUAAGCAGCUAUACAAUGAAAAGUUACUUGUCCAGACUGAAAACCAAUUCUUUCUGGACUACCUAAACAACAAAAUUGAGGAGUAUAGAAGGCAGCCUGAAGAGCUAUGGAACCAGUAUUUACAAAAAAAGGAGGAACUUGAACAAAGGAGACAAGAAUUAGCCUCCAAAUAUGCAAAACAAACCUCAGUGUAUAAAGAGGAGCUCUUGCAAAAGGAAAACAUCCAAUUCAAUUUAAAGCAGCAGUUGCAGGCACUGAGGGAUGUUUCACUAGUAAAGGAGAAACAAGAGAGAAAAAUACAGAUAUUACAGAAAAAGGAAGCCCUAGCUGAGAUCGAUGCAAAGAAAUGGAAAUUACGGAUCCAGUUGGCCCAGGAAAAAGCAUUACUGGAGAAACAACUGAGUGAGUCAGACCCGAAGCAGUUGGGAAAAAGACAAAGACAGGAGUUAGAAAGGAGGAUCAAGCCCUUGCAGGCGGAAGCAAGGCAGCGUACUUUUGAAUUCUACUGUGCAGUCAGGGGAGAGAACCAGCAGAUAAAGAAGGAAUUAGAGCAGCAAGCCCAGCAGUUCCAGAAGUUGCAUGCUACUAAGAACCGGCUCAUAAAUCAGAAGCAGCAGCUGCAGCAGGAACAGUGGUAUGUGGAGUCGUUAGCCCGGGGCAGGAAGCGACUGCAGGGAAGGCAUAGCCCGGGCCCAGGACAGGGAGCUCCAGAGAUCACAGUGACACCUCUCCCGAGUACCAAAUCAAGUAUCAAUCCAAAGCACUUCCCAAAACGACACUGAUUAUAUAAGGACUGGAGCAAGGGUUCUCAUGUGCUAUAUGAACGCGGUUCAUAAGGCUCUGGGAUCUCAGACUGCUAUAGUAAACAUCCAUCGUGAUGUGUCAGUGUGAAAGAUUAGGUGCUUUUUUUCCCAGCAAUACUGCUAGAUAUUUUCCUUCAGUUGAUCUUGUUGAUAAACAAGAUGUUCCUCAAAUCUCCAGAUAACCUAAUACCAUUUCCUCAACACCUGUACUUCAAACUAGCUCAAGAAAACCACCUUGAGGAAAUGAAGACAUUUGUGUGAUAUAUUUCAUCUGGCUAAACUAGAUUUCUUUAUAUAAAAAACACCUUUAAGAAUAGCAUUUUGGAUUUUUAUAUAGUGCCUUCUGCUCUGUGAACAACCAGUUAUCCUCAUGCCUCUUGACCAGCUCCACACAAAGUAUUUUUUUAAGCUCUUUUUCAAGUUCACACGAGUGGCCAGGCACUUCCUUCUCUAGUUUGUCAAGAGUGAAAAAGCAAUCUAACUAAACUGCAAGGUGGAUAAGAGCUAGGAAGGAAAAAAAAAAAGCACUGGGCAGAAGGACCUUUUGUCUGAUGCUCUACCUCUCAACUGAGGAAAUUGAGAAGGGAAGAGCAGAAGGGAUGAAUAUUCUGUCAAUGGCUACUUUUGACAAUCUUUUCUGUAAAGAAAUACCUCUAGCAUUAAUGAGGUGACUGAAUGCCUAUGCUUGUUUAAGGAAAAUAUAUCUUAAAAAGUGUUAAAUAUUAUUUAGACUUUUUAAAGAGUCUUGUGCCAUCCAUUUCCCUAACAUUCUAAAUUCUAAGAUAACAAGAUCAUUUAACGUUAAUGUAUUAAGUACUUCAGUUUUAGGUCACUUACAUUUUCUUACAGUGCACUUGAUAGUACAUGAAAUGCCUUUUGUAAUUAAUAUGUGCCUUAUAUUUAUGUCUAUUUAGAAGAACUGGAAAUAAGAUUUUUAAUUAGUACAGAUGUUUAGUUUUUAAAAAUUUUUUGCACUAAAAAUAUAAUAAUUGUUUGCACUUAUGACAUAUUGAUGAUUAGACUAUUUAUUUGAAUGCUAAAUCCUAGUACAGGAAUAUAAUCCCAUAUUUUAACAUCACUCCUCUAUGGGGAAAUAUAAUCCAACUUUGUUUUCCAGAAAUUGUCAGUGAUAAGAAAUUACAAAAUAAUUUUCAUGAAUUGGAUUAAAAUUUUUCUCCCUCAAUGCCCUUUACUUCUAUCUUUAACAAUUUUGUUAAAUGUGUAUUUUUGUCAUUGAAAAUAAAAUAUGUAUUCUAAUGUG